UAUAACUUAUAUUUACCUUGGUGAGAAACAAUUCGUGGACCUACAGAUCUUGGGCAUGUCGACCAUUUAUUGAUUACAAUAUUUGAUAGUUUGAAUGGGAAAUGGCAGAAGGAACUCGAGACAAUUGGGAGGCAAUAUCUGUUUAAACCUUUGAAGCUCAAUUUUCUUUGCCAUUAUGAGUUUCAAAAUGUUGAAUUUGGUCUAUAUGCUCAUUGUCUCCAUUGAUCAUUUUCUAUUUGCCUUUGUUAUAACUUGUAUAUGUCUAUUAAUGGAAUCGUAUUGGCAUCUGAUUUUUACUCACCUCACUCUUGAAUCUGAACAUAUGUGCAUCUUUUAUUUUCCCCAUAUGGAUGUAUGGCGUGCAAGGAUAAAACACAUGCAUCAAUGUGGGCCUAUAGAUGUGAGAUCUUCACUCUGACAUAAUGUCCUUUGGUUUCUUCAGUCCUGCUUUCUAAUGCUAGUGUAAUUUCAGAUUGGAUGUCUUUGCUCCUACCUUUGGCUGUGGAAAGAGGAGUUUGUGUAAUUACCAAUAUGGGUGCAAGUAUGAUAUGGAAGACAACUGCAAGAGCUUACAACUUAGCUGCUCUCAAGUAUUGGGGACUAGCAACUCAUAUCAACUUCCUGUUAUUGGCUGGUAUGCAUUCACUCAAUGCCCUCUUUCUCCUUGGAGAUACUACUUUGAAUAGCUUGAGGUUCCCAUGGUUCUGGAUCUCCUAACUUUGUUUUGUGGACAUCUAUAUAUGUCAUUUUCAAAUGGGUCAUCCAUUCUUGUGUCUCACUUUGGU